UGCGCAGGGUGGACCCGCUGCGCCCCGCUGCGCCUCGCUGCCCGCUCCGCUGCGCGCUCACUGCCGGCUUCUUGUUGGAGGUUCAAUGACAUUGUUCAACUUUUUGUCUGGAUACGCGCUUAUUUGGGAAGUAAGGAGGAUUUUAAAGCUCUGUAGAAAGUUUUCAUUUUCACCGAAUGAAUGGAUGGUGUGUCAUCGUCAGAAUGCUGAUGGUCUGUAACGUCAUCCCUGUCUUUUGAUACGACCCUCCCUCCAGAGUUUCGUGUGUCAUCGGGACCUUGAGGCACGACCAAACACCCACUGAUGUUCUCCCCCUUACAGCAGAACCUGGCAACCCUCUAAUAUCUAAAAGAUUGAUGAGGUCUUGUCUCAGCACAGGAGCCUCGGCACCGUGUCGAUAAUGCAGCUUUCAUCCCACCACAUUUUAUUCCUCGCUCCUGUCUUUCUUCUUCUCUCCUUUACUUUAUAAAGGACACGGGGACUGGCUGUGAAGCGUGAGAAAGGAUUAUGACAGGCAAAGGCCUCCGGGUGACAAGGUGACAAGGUGCUUUAGAAAAGAGGAAUCAUGAAAUGCCCUGGUUGUAUGGCCUCCGUUUUCUUUGAUUGCUCCUCGUUUAACUGCAGUUCGGGAGCUGAGCAGGAAAUCGGAGUCAUCAUGACGCUGGAGCUGGAAUACAGUAAAACUACACAGGGAACAAACACAAAGAGUUGAAAGGAGGUGAACGCCAAUGAACACACCAAACAGAGUUUCACAAAAGACAAUGUGCAACAUCUCCUUCUGUGAUGUGGAUAGUAAGGUGGACCUGUUCUUCCAGCCCACACUCUACAUCAUAGUCAUCGUUCUGGGGCUGCCGACCAACUGCAUGGCCCUGUGGGCUGCAUACAUGCAGGUACGUCAGCGCAAUGAGCUUGGCAUCUACCUGAUCAACCUGUCGGUGGCUGAUCUCCUCUACAUUAUCACCCUUCCUUUGUGGAUAGACUACUUCCUACAGCACGAUGACUGGAUUCAUGGGCAAGAGAGCUGCAAGCUGUUUGGCUUCAUCUUCUAUACAAACAUCUAUGUCAGCAUUGCCUUUCUGUGCUGUAUAUCACUGGACAGGUACCUGGCUGUGGCAUACCCAAUGCGCUUUGUAAAGGUUCGACGAAUCAAGACAGCUGUUUUCGUCAGUGCCAUUGUCUGGAUCAUUGAGAUUGUAGCCAAUUCUGCUCCUCUCUUCCAUGAUGAACUCUUCCAGGAUCGGUUCAAUCACACCUUCUGCUUUGAGAAAUAUCCAAUGCAGGACUGGGUGGCAGGAAUGAACCUCUACAGGACAUUUCUUGGUUUUCUAACACCAUGGACAGCAAUGCUGGUCGCCUACAGAGGGAUACUGGCAGCGGUGCGAUGCAACGUCUCAACAGAGCGUCAGGAGAAAGCUAAAAUCCAGCGAUUGGCUUUGAGUUUAAUUCUCAUAGUUUUGCUGUGCUUUGGACCAUACCACACACUCCUCUUGGUGCGCAGUGUCAUGUUUCUGAGAAAGCCUUGUGACUGUAGCUCAGAGGAGACCUUGUUCGCUGCAUACCAUGUAGCAUUGGCGUUGACAAGCCUGAACUGCGUAGCUGACCCCAUUUUGUACUGUUUUGUCAAUGAGGGUGCCAGGCACGAUGUUAGUCGUGCCCUCGCAGCUAUAUUGUCUACAGCAUGCCAGAGGCGCUCCUCAUCCUCACCAUCGCAUGCUGACAUACUUAAUGCUGGUUCAGUCACCAUGGAGACGCCUCUUUCAACUAAGAAACCAUCAUGUGUGUAUGUUGAUGGGGGAAAGCCAAGCAGCUACAAGACUGAACUCCUGGCUAUGAAGGAGGAAUGUCUACAGAUGACAAUCCUUGCUGUUAAAAAGUGAAUUCUAGAAAGCUUUAACUGGUUCAAACCACCCAGAUCUGCAAAGCAGUACAUCCUCACAAGUCUAGGGUGCGAUUUUUCUCUGCAACUGGGAAAAGUCAGAUGUGUUGAGAGGCUGUCGAUGUGUGGAGACCAUGUUUCCACUAAAACCCAAAAUGAGAUUUAUGUGAACUGAGGAUACAGUAUCCAACACCUCAAACUGCUACUGUUAGCGGUUAGUCUGUUAGCACACGCAUAGUAAGUGAAAUCUGACCUGAAAGUAGCACCAGAUGACAGUUUGGUUCUACAUCAAUUGGGUUUUUGCUCCUACAACCAGAUUGUCUUUGAUUUUUUUAAAUUUUGUUUGUAAAAUGAGUUUAAAGUAGGGCUGUCACUUUCCAACUCAGCUGGACAUUUUGGUGCCCAGACUGCUAGUUUCUCAGGCUGACAUCAAUGUUUUUGAUAUGUUUCAGCCAUUAAUACUGCAACAUCUACUAUGAAUGAUUUUAUUAUUUGUUCCAAAGUACAGGGGUGGAGCAGAAUAUGGUUGUUAAGGUUAUCAGCAUGAAGGGAAAUUUGAAGUCCAUCCAGAGGAUUUUAUUUUAGAGUGGACCAACAUUCUUAAUCCAGAUUACUGAAAGUAAAUUGGCUUUUUAUUUAUACGUUUUUGUAUUUUGUUUUUCUCACUUGGUCAGAAGUUAGUUAUGAAGCUCACAAGAGGCCUUUGAGUAUUUAACAGAAAUCUUCCAAACAGGCCACCUUCUGCAUACCCGGUUCUUGGUGGAUUUCUUUGCUGCAUGAAUUCCUAACUUAGGUUUGCUAAUUUGAAUAAUGUGUAAUGGUUUUGGAAAUGUUGUCAUUGUUGCAUUAUUUUUAAGGAAAUAUAAAGCCUUAUUUAGUACCUCAACUUCCAGACUGUGAUAGCAGAAGGACUUAGAGAAGAGUCUUACUUUGGAACUUGAGCCACAUUUUGUUAUUUUCUAAUGUACCUGUUAGCACAAAAUAAACCUCUGUUCAACGAGA